AUGUCGCCUUCGCUGCCCCCCCGCUGGCGCUGGCUCGCUCUCCGAGCCGGCCGCUCCCUCAACCGAGCCGCGCUGCCGUUCCUCCGCGACGCCGACCUGAAUGACGAUGACUACGAGCUUCAGCCUCCGAAGCCAAAGCUCGAAAUGCUGCAGCUGAUGGGGAUCGCCUUCUUCGCGGUGUCGGGCUCGGCGUACGGCGUGGAGGAGAUCGUACCUCUGGGAGGUCCCUUCCUCUCCCUCGCCGCGCUGGUCAUCGCACCCGCAGUCUGGUCGGCGCCGAUGCUUCUCGUGACGGCAGAGCUGAGCGUGGCGCUGCCGCGUGCGGGCGGGUACCCGCUGCUCCUGACAGCCUACCUGCACAAGGCGCUGCUCUACGACGCCUCCUCCGCCGCCUACUCCGCCUCCGCCGCCUCGAUCCCCACCAACGCCACGACCGCCGCCGCCACCGCCGCCGCCGCCGCCGCAUCGGCGCUCGCCGCCGCCGCCGAGCCCUCCUCCGACCCCCUUGCGGCGGACCCUUCCUCCUUUGAGGCGGAGGCUGGGUCGGCGGGCGGCGCAGAAGGGGUCGCCCUCGCGGUCGUGCGCGUGCUGCUCGUCGCUCUCGCCGCGGCGCUCAACGCGCUCGACCCGGACCCGCGCCUGUGGCCCUCCGGGCGGGAGGCUUGGUUCUCCUUCCUCUGCAUCGUGCUCUGGAACUGCUGCGGGUACGACUCGGCAGGCAUGGUGGCGGCCGAAGUGCGCUCGCCUCGCUCCUCCUUCCCGCGCGCGCUGUGGGGCGCGCUCGCCCUCUGGCCGACGCAGCCGCACAGCUUUCUGUUGUCCACCACUCACCGCCGCACUUACCCGCUGCUCGGCGCGUCGCUGGGUGGAGGUGGGCUCGAGGCUGCGCUGACUGCCGCGUCGGCGGUCUCGAUGGCGGGUGUGCUCUUCACGAUCCUCUGCACCUCCUCGCGCGCGCUGCUGGCGAUGGCGACGCUGCGCAUGCUGCCGCCCGCGCUGGGCCGGCUCCACCCGCGCUUCGGCACGCCAGCGGCGGCCAUCUGCGCCAACGCGUCGCUGGCGACGCUCACCCUCCGCUUCGACGACGCGCUGCAGCUGUCGAUGCUCUUCUACUGCGGCUCGGCGGCGCUGCAGUGCGCCGCUUGCGCGCGGCUCCGCUCGAUGCACCCGCAGCUGCCGCGACCCUCGCUGCUGCUUCCCACGCCGCUGCUCGGGCUGCCGUGCGCUGUCGCGUGCCUCGUCCUCCUGCUCGCGCCGCGCCGCCUCCUCGCCACCGCCGCCGCCGUCCUGGCUGCUCUCGGCGGCGGGCAUGCCGCGCUGUCGGCGCUGACGGUGCGGUGUGCCGGCGACGCCUUCGCCGCCCGCGUGGAGCACGAGCUCGAGACGCGCCGCAGGCCGCUGCGCGCCACUGUCGACACACCUCGCUGCUCGCUGCCGCCGUUGCCGUGUGCGCAGCUGUCGCGCGGAGGCUCCACGGCUGCGGCCGGCGGCGGCGAGGAGGGCAGCAGAGGAGGCGACGACGGCGAGGUGCUGCCUGGGGUGUUGGGCUAG